AUGCCCUGCAAGAACUUCCACUCGGCCAAGGGCUGCACUCGCAAGAACUGCAAGUCCAUCCACGACCAGGGCAGCUCGCUGCUCACCAUGAUCGGGUACCUCAAGGGCGCGAACAAGACCAUGGACAUCUGCGUCUUCACCAUCACAUGCGACGAAAUCGCGGAGGCCGUGCUGGACGCGCACGCUCGAGGUGUCAAGGUGCGGGUCAUCACGGACGACGGACAGGCCAAGGGCAAAGGCUCCGACAUCCAGAAGUUCAUUGACGCUUUCUGCGUCAUCGACAAGAAAAUCUUGCUGAAUGGUUCCUUCAACUGGAGUCGGCAGGCCGUCGUUGGCAACGCCGAGAACCUCGUCAUCCACAAAGAUGGGCCCAUCAUCGGCCGCUUUGAUGAGCACUUUGCCCACCUGUAG